UAUGAAUUCCUAAAGCUAAGAAUAUCUAGUUCCUAAAAAUCUUAGAGAUGUAGAGCUUUAUCAAACAUGUCCUAUCUCGUGUCUAUCUGUAAGCGUUGGCUGUUUAAAAGAUCCAGGUGCAAUUCCCAUUCUCCGAGCGGACGAACAUCUGGACCGUACGAUUCCAAUCGGAGAGCUGCUAAAACCAGAGCUCCGCACCCGUGGCAACAGCACUGCACCAGGCCACCAGCCACCAGAUCACAUCGUACCGGAUUCCAACUGGCUUCCCAUAUAUACGCGCGCCUCCUCCGGCAGUCCCGACUCCCAAAGCGCCAACCGAGUCAGGAACGGAUACACACCAUGGCGCCGGGCACCACCGCCGCCGCCAGCGCUUCCGGCGGCACGGCCGCCCACGACGCCGACGCCGUGGAAUCAGGCAACCUCCUGCGCCGCCUCCACCACGGCAGAGGCGGCGCGGGUGAGGCCGACGACGGGAUCGGCAGUGCCGAGGAGGAGGCGGCGUCGGUGGAACAGGCGUUCGCGGACAAGCCCGUUCCGUCGUGGCGGGAGCAGCUGACGGUGCGCGCCUUCGUGGUGGGGUUCCUCCUCUCCGUCAUGUUCAACGUCAUCGUCAUGAAGCUCAACCUCACCACCGGCAUCAUCCCCUCGCUCAACGUCUCCGCCAGCCUCCUCGGCUUCUUCCUCGUCCGCCUCUGGACCGCCGCCAUCGAGAGGAUGGGACUCCUGAAGCAGCCCUUCACACGCCAGGAGAACACCGUCAUCCAGACAUGCGUCGUCUCCGCAUACGGCCUCGCGUUCAGCGGUGGGUUUGGCAGUUAUCUGUUCGGUAUGAGUGAAACUAUUGCUAAGCAAGCAACAGAGGCCAAUGAUGCUCAAAAUAUCAAGAGUCCGCACCUCGGAUGGAUGAUAGGGUUUAUGUUCCUCGUCAGUUUUGUUGGCCUUUUUGCUCUGGUGCCUUUGAGAAAGGUUAUGAUUAUUGACUACAAACUGACUUACCCAAGCGGCACUGCGACCGCUUACCUCAUCAAUGGAUUCCACACCCCCCAGGGUGCCGAGCUUGCAAAGAAGCAAGUUCGGACGUUGGGCAAGUACUUUUCGCUUAGUUUCCUUUGGGCCUUCUUUCAGUGGUUCUACACAGCUGGGGAUGACUGCGGAUUCAGCUCCUUCCCAGCACUUGGCCUUGAAGCUUUUAAAAACAAGUUCUAUUUUGAUUUCUCGGCUACCUAUGUUGGUGUUGGAAUGAUCUGCCCCUAUAUGGUAAACGUGUCUCUUCUACUUGGAGGCAUCCUCUCGUGGGGAUUAAUGUGGCCACUUAUCAGCACGAAGAAAGGAAGUUGGUACCCCGCCUCUCUUCCAGCAAGCAGUCUACACGGGCUUCAGGCUUACAAGGUGUUCAUAACCAUAGCAGUUAUUCUCGGGGAUGGCCUGUACAACUUCUUAAAGGUAUUUAGUCACACGAUUGAAGCCUUCGUAUUGAUCUAUAGGAACAAAAAUACAAACACGAUUCUUGUCUCGGACAAUGGCACUCCUGUCGCUACCACUGAAGCUGAGACAUUUGAUGAGAAGCGCCGCAAUGAACUAUUCGUAAAGGAUCAGAUUCCCAAGACAGUUGCAAUUGGGGGCUAUGUCAUUGUUGCAGCUAUAACGACUGGUUGCCUCCCUCUCAUCAUCCCACAGCUCAAGUGGUACUAUAUUUUGGCUGCAUACAUCUUUGCACCUGUAUUGGCCUUCUGCAAUGCCUAUGGAUGUGGCCUAACAGAUUGGUCCCUCGCCAGCACCUAUGGUAAGCUUGCAAUCUUUGUCAUUGGUGCGUGGGCAGGUGCUUCGCAUGGUGGCGUGCUUGUAGGAUUAGCUGCAUGCGGUGUCAUGAUGAGCAUUGUGGGAACAGCCGCUGAUCUAAUGCAAGACUUCAAGACUGGGUAUAUGACUUUGGCCUCGCCAAGGUCCAUGUUCAUCAGCCAGGUGAUAGGCACUGCCAUGGGCUGUGUUAUUGCUCCCUGCAUCUUCUGGCUGUUCUACAAGUCCUUUGAUAUUGGAGCGAGUGAUGGCGCUUACCCAGCACCUUACGCCAUUAUGUACCGUAACAUGGCGAUACUGGGUGUGGAUGGCUUGUCCUUGCUUCCAAAGAACUGCCUCACACUAUGCUACAUCUUCUUUGCUGUUGCCUUUGCCAUCAAUUUGAUUAAGGACCGGGUGCCGAAGAAGGUGGCGAAGUUCAUCCCGAUCCCCAUGGCGAUGGCAAUUCCUUUCUACCUCGGGCCGUACUUCGCCAUCGAUAUGUUCUUGGGUAGCGUGAUACUCUUCUUCUGGGAAUGGAUGAACAAAGCUGAUGCAGAGUCAUUCGGACCAGCAGUUGCGUCGGGCUUGAUGUGCGGUGACGGGAUCUGGGCACUGCCCCAGGCUUUUCUUUCUCUCGCCAAUGUGAAACCUCCAAUUUGCAUGAAGUUCUUGUCGAGGACUGUGAAUGCCAAAGUGGACGCCUUCCUUGGGAACUAGUGAUUGCUAGUUUGAUAGAGUAGAGUUUUCUUUCUUCUGUAGUUGAACUGUUGAAGUGGUUAAAUAAGUCUAGUUAUGUAAAAUAUAAGAGCCCCAUAGGGCAUUGGGUGGUGGUCGUAUUUUGCAUUAGUAAUGAAGAAAUUGUUUGAUUUGCUUAGUACUACAUGUCUAACUGCUAUUUUUCCUAUUUUGAAAC